GGGCUGGGGUCGUCCAGCCCCAAAGGCGGCGGAGCCUCUGCUGAGCGGACCCGUGAGAAGCGGGGUCCGACGGCCACGUCGAGGCGCGCACUGGGCGCCGGGGGGCGCCCUUCCCGCUCGCGCAGCUCGGCGCCCGCGCCCCGCCCCUCCGCGCCCCGCGCCCUCUUAGAGCCGCGCACCGGCCGCCGAUCGAGCAGCGGGGCGACGCCGAGCCUCCUCUUCUCACCGCGGGGAGCGUCCUGCCGGCCGCCCGCACCUCCGCCGCGGGCCCGGGCGGGAGGAGGGAGCGUGCGGAGCUCGAGCCUCCGGGAGGCGGCACUGGCCCCGGAGCGCCGCGCGGUGCGCUGAGCCCGGACAAUGGGGCCGCGGUGGCUGCUGCUCGUGGCGGCGGGGCUGAGCCUGUGCGGGCCCCUGCUGUCCGCCCGCGCCCCAGGCCGCAAGCCAGAUUUAAAACCAGCCAAUGCGACUGGGGGCCCUCGGUCAUUUCACCUCAGGAAUUCCAAGGAUGUAUUUGAACCUUUCCCAGUGGACGACUAUGAGGACAGAAGCGGCAGUGGGUUCACCGAAGGCGGCUUGAACUCCACCAACCACAGCAGGCCUCUGCAGAAACGACCCCGGGUGUACAUCUCCGAGGAUGCCUCGGGAUACCUGACCAGCGCCUGGCUGACUGUCUUUGUCCCCUCCGUGUACACGGGCGUGUGCCUGAUCAGCCUUCCCCUGAACAUCAUGGCCAUCGCCGUGUUCAUCGGGAAGAUGAAGGUCAAGAAGCCGGCCGUGGUGUACAUGCUGCACCUGGCCACGGCGGACGUGCUCUUCGUGUCCGUGCUGCCGUUCAAGAUCAGCUAUUACUUCUCCGGGAGCGACUGGAAGUUUGGGUCCGAGAUGUGCCGCUUCGUCACCGCGGCCUUCUACUGUAACAUGUACGCCUCCAUCAUGCUCAUGACGGUCAUCAGCAUCGACCGGUUCCUGGCUGUGGUGUACCCCAUGCAGGCCCUCUCCUGGCGCACCAUGGGGAGGGCAGCCUUCACAUGUGCGGUCAUCUGGGCCAUGGCUGUCGCCGGGGUGGUGCCCCUUCUCCUCAAGGAGCAAACCACCCGGGUGCCCGGGCUCAACAUCACCACCUGCCACGAUGUGCUCAACAUAACCCUGUUCGAAGGCUACUACGCAUAUUACUUCUCGGCCUUCUCCGCCAUCUUCUUCUUCGUGCCGUUGAUCAUCUCCACAGGCUGCUACGUGUCUAUCAUCCAGUGCCUCAGCUCCUCCACAGUCGCCACACAGAGCAAGAAGACGCGGGCUCUGUUCCUGUCCGCCGCUGUUUUCUGCAUCUUCAUCGUGUGCUUCGGGCCCACCAACGUCCUCCUGAUUCUGCACUACGCGUUCCUCUCCCGGGACCCCAGCAGCGAGGCCGCCUACUUCGCCUACCUCCUCUGCGUCUGUGUCAGCAGCAUAAGCUGUUGCAUCGACCCCUUGAUUUACUAUUACGCUUCCUCCGAGUGCCAGAGGUACCUCUACAGCAUCUGCUGCUGCAAAGAGAGCUCUGACCCCAGUAGCAGCAGCGGCCAGUUGAUGGCGAGUAAAGUGGACACCUGCUCUACCAACCUGAACAACAGCAUCUACAAAAAGCUGUUAACCUAGGAAAGGCACUGCUGGAGGGUGACCAAGGAACAUUUAAAAAAAAAAAAAAGAACCUGAGGAUUCUGUCAGUCCCUGCCAAGAAAGUAUUUACUCUCUUAAACAAUAAAUGUGUGAUUUGCAUGCCUCCUCCUUAAAAGGGCCAUUAAGGAUAUAUAUAUUUAUUAGUAACAGAAAAGGGUAACAUGAAUAGGAAAAUGUUAUUCCAAGCCAAUGCUACAAUAAAAACUGAAUAUUACUUUUUGAUAUAUUCAAUAUUUAGGUGACUUACAUAAAUGCAUGUGACUUACAUAUUUGUGUGUGUAUAUAUAUAUGUAUAAUACACAUGCUUGCAAUGCAGUAUAGACCAGACACUUUGAAACCUUCUUUCCCUCUCCCCUCCACCCCCCCCCCAGAGAUUAUGGAAAUAAACUCGGAUUCUCUGAUUUAAUAUGCAAGGUCUAGGUUGAUGGAGGUUAGCCCUGAGCAUCUGAAGAUGUCCAUCAAUAGUGAAGUACUCUAUAGUUUGGACUUUUUACAAAUAACUUUAUUUUUAAAUUGUUCAACAGCUUUAAGUUAUUAAGAGAGAAGAGUGCUAUCUAGGUGUAGAAAAAGUUCUGUGUUGUUGUGUUUUUUUUUCAUUUUAAACAUCAAAGUUUGAAUUCUUUAAAUUAUAUAAACAUGAUAUGGGUAGCAUUUUUU